AUGGAUUAUCCGUUGGAUUUUCUCAGUGAGAAUGGAACCGAUUGGCCGGAAUUGUCGACUCCGCCAACUUCGUGGUAUCGUUACAAUGUGUGGGUAAGUGGAGCUCUUUGCACAGCCUACGGCCUCGUCUUCUGCGCCGGCCUAAUAGGUAAUCUUCUGGUGGCUGUCGUCGUCCUUCGUGGAAGCCGAACAAUGCGGAGAUGUGUCACUAAUUUGUUCCUAGUCAAUUUAGCCUUUGCCGAUCUAUUGGUGGUCCUCGCCUGUUUGCCGUUCACCCUAGUCGCACACCUAAUAUACCCUUGGGUGAUGGGCUCCAUCAUUUGCAAAUUGGUGCCGUACCUGCAGGGAGUCAGCGUGAGUGCCUCGGUUUACACGCUGGUGGCCGUGGCCGUCGAGCGCUACUGGUCCAUCUCGUCGCCGUGGAAGAAACGGUUGAGCUCCAAGUGCUGUCGGGUCAUCAUUGGCCUCAUCUGGAUCGGAUCCGCAAUUAUAACUCUUCCGUGGCUGGUCGUCUUCCGCCAGGAUUACGUGUCCGAAACGCUGGUUUGUACAGAAAUAUGGCCAGAUCCGCUGAUGGGAGAUACUUACUACGCCGUGGCUCACCUGACCCUUUGCUACGUCCUGCCGCUGGUCAUCAUCGCCGCCUGUUACGCUUUAAUCUGCAGGCAAAUUUGGUGUCGUCAGAUUCCCGGCAGCGGCGAGCAGGGGCCCCCCAAUCAUCACCACCGGUGUCACCAUUACAACAACAACCGGAGACGAUACAAUGGCGUGGGUGGUCGACUCAACUUGCACAGGGCCAAAAUACGAGCUCUCAGGAUGUUGGGCGUCGUCGUCGCAGCUUUCGCGCUCUCCUGGUUCCCGCUCUACGCCACUUUCACGCGUUUAAAAUUCGCCAAGAGCAUGAGCGAGCCCGAGGCUGAAUUCUGGGAAAUGAUCAUGCCCGUGGCACAAUGGCUCAGCAGUGCAAACAGUUGCGUCAAUCCGCUUUUCUGCUCUGUUCUGACGGCAUCGCCGAUGGUGGAGGACAUCUAG